AUGUACAAGGUGAAUGACAUCAAUGAGUGGUAUGUGACCAAAAUGACUGUGAUCGAUGAGUACACGAAGAUGGUGGCAUGUUUCUUGUACUGCAAUUGUAGGGCAGAUGUGGUUGAAUUUGAUGGAUUUGGGUAUCCAUUUCUGGUUUCAUUGGUGAACAAGAAGACACUGCCACUUUUGAGCAAGAAGAUUCAAGAUGUGUUUGGAAUGGAGGGAAUCAAUGGGCCAUUUAUAGCUGAAUUGUGCAAAUACAGGAGCAAAUUGGAGGAAUCAGAUGUAGGAUUAUACGCAGAUUACUUCAAUGUGAAAGGUGGAUUAUAUGAUAAGGAAAUAGAAAAGAUACUGAAUGCUGAAUAA